CUGUCUUGGCUAGCAUGGUGAGGCUUUACAGUGUCUAGGAGGGAACUGUUUAAGGUGCAUUUGCUCACCCUGUGCUUUCCAGGAGCUUGUCCGGGAAGAGUGAUGUUGUAAAAAAUAAACACGUUCCCCUCAAACGGUUCGGGUCCUGUCUCCAGCUGUCCUGCGUGAAGCCGCUACAAAGCAGACUUGUUGGCCCAACCUGAAAUAGAUCCUGAUGUUAACAUGUCAACGCAUAGGUCCUGCCAUUAGAAUGGAAAAGAUAUAUGGCUGCCUCUUGGAUGCAGCAGACAUUUUUAUACACAAAAGCACUGUUACUAAUCCUGUUAAGGAAAACGGGGGAAAAACAGACGACACAAAAGUACCCCCCGAGCUGGCUCUGUCACCAGUGAAGCCCUGAAGCCGCCACCAUGUCCCAGCUUCUGCAUGUGGAGAUUCCCAAUUUUGGCAGCACGGUGCUGGGCUGCUUGAAUGAGCAGCGGCUUCUGGGCCAGCACUGUGACGUGUCCAUCGUGGUGAAUGGGCAGGCCUUCAAGGCCCACCGUGCGGUCCUGGCCGCCAGCAGCCUCUAUUUCCGCGACCUGUUCAGCGGCAGCUCCAAGGCGCAGUUUGAGCUGCCCUCCUCGGUGGCACCUGCCUGUUUCCAACAGCUCCUGUCCUUCUGUUACACGGGCAAGCUGACCAUGGCAGCCAGUGAGCAGCUGGUGGUCAUGUACACGGCAGGAUACCUGCAGAUCCAGCACAUCGUGGAAAGGGGCAUGGAUCUCGUUUUCAAAGCCAACUCGCCGCACUGUGACUCCCAGACUGCUACCAUGGAGGACCCUGGCUCUGAGCCCCAGAGCCCCAGCAACAACCCGAGCGCCACUCUAGGGCCACCAGGUUGGGGAAUCUCUUUGCCUGUUGCCACCCGGAGGAUCAAACAGGAGGGCUGCGAGCCUCCGCUCGGGCUGCCCGCUAUGGGGCAGAAACGGGUAACGGGGGAGGCAGGGGGCCCAGGCAACCGGCUCAGCAGGAGCGGCUCGGUUUUUUACACAGGAGCUGGCGGUAGCGUCAUCUUCCCAGGCCUGCAGCCGUACCCCAUCGCCACUGGAGAGCGAUCUAGUCCUGGUGCCUCCAGUCUCCCUACUACUGACAGCCCCACGUCCUAUCAGAACGAGGAUGAGGAGUUUGAAGAGGAGUCCUACGACAGCGUCACGGAGGAUGCUUAUGGGCAGCUCUAUGGGCGCACCAAUCCUUACAGCAUCCAGGACAAACAAGACCCAGUGAGCAUUCCCCUGUCCCUGGAAAACCGCUCCUGUGUGCUCAUUCGCCGAGACCUGGUGGCACUGCCUGCUAGUCUCAUCAGCCAGAUCGGCUACCGCUGCCACCCCAAGCUGUAUUCCGAGGGGGAUCCAGGGGAGAAGCUGGAGCUGGUGGCAGGCACCGGCGUGUUCAUGACUCGCGGCCAGCUGAUGAACUGCCACUUGUGCGCCGGGAUCAAGCACAAAGUGCUGCUGCGGCGCCUGUUGGCCACCUUCUUCGACAGGAACACGCUGGCCAAUAGUUGUGGGACUGGAAUUCGGUCCUCCACCAGCGAUCCCAGUCGGAAACCCCUGGACAGCCGCGUUCUCAAUGCUGUCAAGCUUUACUGUCAGAACUUUGCUCCUAACUUCAAGGAGAGUGAGAUGAAUGUAAUAGCGGCGGACAUGUGCACCAAUGCCCGGCGGGUGCGGAAGCGCUGGUUGCCUAAGAUAAAGUCCAUGCUCCCGGAUGGAAUGGAAGUCUACCGGGGGACAGCAGCUAUGGGCGUAGGGCAUGCCGUGGGUGGGGCUGGUCUGCCGUUGUCCUUUGAAGCUGAUUUCAAACCCCUGAUCCCCACCAACCUGAGCUUUGAGCAGCGGCUCUACACAGAGCGCAAAGAGACACUGAGGACUCCCUUGCAGUUUUCUGGGGCCAGUCCAGGGGCCAGCAUUGAGGGCGGGGAGCCAGAGCUGGAAGGGCCCCAGGCAGAGGAGGAGCCGGAGGAAGAGGAGGCUCCACUAGAAAGCGUGGAAGGAACACCCCCAAUUCUUCUGGGGAGCGAGCCGGGAGGAGAUGGCUGCCAACCCCCGACACCUGGCGAUCAGCAGGGGGAAGAGGCUGCGGAGGGCCUACAUUUAAAUGGCCAGUGAGGCCACCUUGGCCUCCGCAAACACCCGGUCCUCAGCCUCUCUGCCCUUAAAAGGGAACUUCGUACCACAGGGCGCAUAACAUUUGCCAUGCUGAAAUGUGCUGCUCUGGAAAACCGCAUCAUGCGCAUCAGCAAGACACCUGUAGUGGAUGGUGGAGAGGGUGCCGAAAAAUGAACCGCAUACAGACAAAGGCACAUGCAUGCAAACACAAACACAGCUUUCUAAGAGAUGCACACCCUUGUCAUUGUAGGACCUUCUGUGUGAAUCCUUUUUUGCUGUCCAGUUAUUCCUGUUAGUUGUUGCCUAAACAAAUUCUCAUCAUGCUAAAAAAUACACUGAGUAUAAAACUACUCUUAAAAGUAUUAUUUCCUUCUUUUUAAGUGCUUCAUAGAGAAGUAUAUAUGAAUACGUUCAUAUUCUAAAAUGUAGCUUUUUAGAAAAGUAGGUGGGGGAGAAAUAUUGGAGUGUGUGUAUUAAUAAUGAAUGAAAGAUUUUUCUCUGCUUUUUUUUUUAAAUAAAAAUGCCAGGAAUCUAAUUUAAAACCCUUAGGAUGGGAAUUUUGGAAGAUUACAGGAUUGGGAUUUACCUCCUGUUAGAGGGUACACAGGGAUUAUUCCUUUUAGAGGGGAAAAUUGCAUAUCUUUGCACGGAAUAAAAAUCUAGAUGUCUGUUCGGUCUACAACAUGUUUCCUACAUUUUCAAAUUACAGGAUCUAUCUUGGUAGCCAUUCUGACUUUAAACCAUUUUUUCUCUGCUACAAAUUACAGAAAAGGAAGAUGGGGUGCUUGUUAAUAUUGCUCUGUAGACUUUGGGCGCGGAUUAAAAUUUUCACCAAAGAUCAGCAUUGGUGAAAUAAGAAAGGGCUUUUCCUAGACAUGUGAAGCCCUGUGGUACCUUUACAAGGACAGUUAAUUUAAAUAGGUUUUAUGACUUGUAAGGAUCUCACUUCAGAAAGACGUGAAUGUGGGCAUGUGUUGAACAUCCAAAGGUCAUCUGCUCGCCUGUAGUUGCCAGAACCACUUGAAGAAGUCCAUACCAAGACAAAACGAACUGCAAUCAGUCACACAGAAAACACACUUGCAUGCAAAACUAAUAAA